AUGGCCACACCAAAGUCUCCAGAUCAGUCUCCUGCCCAAGACCCGUCCAGCCCUCGGGAGCCCUUGUGCUUGGUGCCCGUCGUGUUUCCCGGGCCCGUGACCCAGGAGAGCUGCUACCAGCUCGCCUGCGAGCUCCUGAAGCACGUCAUGUACCAGCGCCUGCAGCUGCCCAUGCCUUACGGGCAGCUCAAGCGCUUCUGGCAAAGCCCUCCCCCGGCGGAGGACGGGCCCGCCCGUGCCACCAGCAGCAAGAGGUGCCAGCAGGCCCUGGCAGAAAUGGAGAGCGUCCUCAGCCACCUUGCAGACUUUUUUGCCCGGACCCUCGUGCCGCGAGUGUUGAUCCUCCUUGGGGGCAACGCCCUGCACCCCAAGGAGCUCUACGAGCUGGACUUGUCCAUGCUGGACCCGUUCAGCGUGGACCAGGGCCUGGGCACAGCGGCCUGCGUGCGACGCGUCUUCCAGGCCAUCUUCAUGGCCGAUGUCUUUGGCGAGCUGCAGUGCCCCCCGCUCAUGGGCACCACUGUCAUGGUGCAGGGGCACCGCGACUGUGGGGAGGAGUGGUUUCGACCCAAGCUCCACUACCGCGUGCCCAGGCGGGCUCACAGACUCACCGUGACCCUGUCCUGUGACGCCCCUUGCAGCCCAGCCCUGGCUUCGGAAGAUUACAUCUGGUUCCAGGCGCCGGUGAUGCUGAAAGGCUUCCGCGAGUGACCCGAGGAGGAGGAGGAGGAGGGUGCUGACGAUGGCCCGGUCCUCUCUCCCUGCGGUGCCCACGUCACCCAAGUCCCGCUUGACACUGGAGCUGCUGCCCGGUGAGGGAGGAAGACCCUGACUUUUCACCUGUGCCCGGCCCUCCCCAGACUUCAUGUGGACUCUAAUCAUCAGAAUCAAAGUUUGACUUUCCUAGAGGUCACUGGGUUAAGUGGUUCUGUUUGGGGAUUAGAACGCAAAGAUGUGUGGGGUGGACUGUCUUGUGGGGGUGUCCCUCAGAACUAUUGUCAGGGUCAUAACGUGUGUGUAAUUUAUGAAUUAUAUGCACGAAAUAUUGAUUCAUGAAAUAUUGAUUCACGGAAUAUUAGUGACUCUGGGGAUUGGAAAGCAAAGAUGGGUGGGUGGUGUGGACUGUCUUGUGGAGGUGGCUCUCAGAAUGAUUACCAGGGUCAUAAUGUGUGUGUGAUUCAGGAAUUAGAUUCACGAAAUAUGGAUUCACAAAAUAUUGAUUUAGGAAAUAUUUAAUGAAUAAAGUCUGAUUAAAAUCA